AUGCAUUUGAAAGUCUUCAUUGAUUACAUAAGACGGUGGUCUCAGUUGGACUCGGCCUGUGGCACCGUAUUUCUAGACCAGAUGCUGCUGAAGCACACGGACCCGGGCCACCCGGACCACAUGGACCUGGUGGCGGCCCAGCGCGAGGUGCACAGCCUGGCCCUCAAGAUCAACCACAUGGAGAAGGAGGCCCGCGAGCAGGAGCGGCGGGACCAGGCCCUCCUCAAGCGUCGGGCCGGGGCCGACGAGAACCUGAAGAAGCUCCUCCGCGAAGUGUCCAACAUCGAAGAGGACCUGGCCACGAUUCAGCUGCUGGUGGACGCGGCCCAGUCACUCCACACUCCCCACUCGGAUCUCGACGGCCUCCUCAGGGACAUGAACUCCAGCCUCUCCAAGUUGCUGGCGGACCGGCAGAUGGGCGACUCCCAGCUCCUCUGCACGGACCUCACAGUGGCCACG